GGUGAAGAGUUUAUAUAUUAAACUGAAGUGAAAGAUUUCCGUUAUUCAUUCCUAACCACCAUUCCGAGCUUGAGGCUCGGACUCAACAAUCCGAGAAAUAUAAAUAGAGGCGCUUCAGUGAAACUCGCUUCUUCUCUGCGACUCCUUCGUUCCUUCCUUCCUUCCUUAGUUUCAUUCUUCGUCUCAUUAUCCAUGGCGUCAGGGGACACAGAUUCCUUCAGCGAUAAGGUAGAAGAGAAGUUCCACGACCACAACUCCGAUUCCGAUUCCUAUUCCGAUUCCGAUGACGACCACAACAACAGGCCGCCGCCCAAGACCACCGUUUCCAACAACGUUUACCGCCUCUUCGGCCGCGAUCAGCCAGUCCACAAGGUCCUCGGCGGCGGAAAACCUGCUGAUAUUUUGCUAUGGAGGAACAGGAGAAGCACUGGAGUCGUACUUGGUGCAGGCACUGCCUUCUGGAUUUUCUUUGAGUUGAUGCAAUACCAUCUCAUAACUUUUAUUUGCCAUUUAUUGAUUGUGUCUCUGGCGGCACUUUUCUUGUGGUCCAAUGCAUCUGUCUUUAUCCACAAGUCUUCACUGCACAUCCCUCAUGUAGCACUUCCUGAGGAAUGCGUUCAUCAGGUUGCUUCUGCUUUAACAAUUGAGAUUAACCGAGCCUUCGUUAUUGUGCGGGAAAUUGGAACUGGGAGAGAUUUAAAGAAGUUCCUUAGCGUUAUUGCUGUAUUAUGGGUUAUCUCGGUUAUUGGGAGUUGGUUCAACUUCAUGACCUUGUUUUACCUAUUUUUUGUGUCACUGUUCACGUUGCCACUGCUGUAUGAGAAAUAUGAAGACCAAGUUGAUGCAUUAGGAGAGAAGGCGAUGAUUGAAAUCAAAAAGCAGUAUGCAGUGUUUGAUGCUAAGGUUUUGAGCCAGAUACCAAUAGCAGGUUUUAAAAAGGAUUAGAAUACAUCAUCUCUCAGGUUAUUGUUUACUUACGGUGGAUAUCUGUUUUGUUCAGAUGUCAAGUUUCUACACAAGUCUUACCGAAACCCCUCUCCCCACUUUUAGUUUUUUUUUCCCUCUUUUGGUGAAUCAUUUGGUUAAUUGAGUGAAAUAUAGUUUGAGAAAUAAAAGUCCACCUAGUCCUGCCUUAAUUUUUUAGGAUUAUCUUGGAUUAUUUAUAAGAGUAGCCGUAAAUUAAAUGCCAAAGCACCAUCAUUUUGUUGUAUACAUUGACUCGAUGAACGUGUACCCCAUGUCAUCUAAGGAAGUGCUUCCCGAGUUCUGUUUGCCUUUUCUUUUUCU